AUGGCAGGACUGCAAAUCAGUGACGCGAGGAUCGUUAACAUUGUCAACAGGGUAAGCAGCAAGAAGAUACUGAUAGUGCACUGCCAAUCCAAAGACGACGACCUUAGCGCCCGCGCCAUGAACUACGGCGAGAGCUACAGCUGGAGCUUCGGGGACAACUUCUGGAGGGCCAGAGUGGGCCUUUUUUGGUGCCGCCUCGCGUUGGAAGACAAGCGCCUUUCGUUCGAUGCGUUCACUGAGCAACGCAACGGUGGUGGCUAUGCAGUCACGGGGUACGAUGUCAAUGAAACUGGGGUUUAUGGCCCUGAUGAUUGUAACAAGUGGAGGAGGUCUGAGACUGAGUCUGAGCUGCUUCAUCAAUGGAAGCAGAUUCAGCUCCAUUAG